AUGGUGCAGUGUCACUCCCUAAUCCUGGGGCCUAUAGACCUGCGGGAUAAAGCAGCUGUCGAGUCCCAUUAUGAAGGGGAGUUGGCAGCUUGUCGAGAUCCAGGCAGUCGGAUUCUGGACAUCCCAUGCAAAGUGUGUGGCGACCGCAGCUCAGGUAAACACUAUGGUGUUUACGCCUGUGACGGCUGCUCAGGAUUCUUCAAGAGGAGCAUCCGCAGAAACAGGACCUACGUCUGUAAAUCUGGCUCUCAGGGUGGAUGUCCCGUCGACAAAACUCACAGAAACCAGUGCCGAGCGUGCCGUUUGAAAAAGUGUCUGGAAGUGAACAUGAAUAAAGACGCUGUUCAACACGAGAGGGGGCCCCGGACGUCCACCAUCCGCAAACAAGUCGCUUUAUAUUUCCGGGGCCACAAAGAGGUGAACGGUUCAUCAACCCAUUUCCCGGGAUCCUCUCUGCCCGGCCCGCCCUUUUUCACCACGGUCACGCAACUGGAGCCUCAUAACCUUGACAUGAGCGCGGUAGCCACCACACCGGAAAGACAGGCCAUCGUGGGUCUGGCACAGCCCACCCCUAAGUAUCCCCAUGAAGUCAGCGGCACCCCCAUGUACCUCUACGAGGUGGCGACAGAGUCUGUGUGCGAGUCUGCGGCGCGCCUCCUUUUCAUGAGCAUCAAGUGGGCAAAAAGUGUUCCCGCAUUCUCCACGCUCCCCUUAACUGACCAGCUGAUUCUGUUGGAGGACGCUUGGAGGGAGUUAUUUGUUCUGGGCAUCGCGCAGUGGGCCAUUCCUGUGGACUCCUCUACUCUUCUUGCCGUUUCUGGAAUGAACACUGAAAACACAGAGUCUCAGCGGAUGAAUAAAGUCAUGUCUGAGAUACAAGCACUUCAGGAGGUGGUCACCAGAUUCAGACAGAUGCGUCUUGAUGCAACAGAGUUUGCCUGUUUGAAAUGCAUUGUGACAUUCAAAGCCGUUCCCACACAUGGCAACACUGAGUUAAGAAAUUUCCGCAACGCCAGCGCCAUCGCUGCACUACAAGACGAGGCACAGCUCACUCUCAACAGUUAUAUACACACCAGGUACCCGACUCAGCCCUGUCGCUUCGGGAAGUUGCUCCUGCUCCUGCCAGCGCUCCGCUCGGUCAACCCGUCCACCAUAGAGGAGGUAUUCUUCAAGAAGACCAUCGGCAACGUGCCCAUCACCAGGCUCCUCUCCGACAUGUACAAGUCCAGCGAUAUAUGAAUUCCUGCCAUCUGUCCAGGCGCACGGAAAAGACUUGAGCUGAAGACCUAGAGACUCACCUAGCAGUCGACAGAAUGUCAAAUCACAGCAGGUGUAACCAUGGGCUGAAUUUCUGCUGAGUACACAAUCUCUUUAGGCCUAGGCUCCACUGAAACAAAGACUGCAAAACAGCCAGACUUCACCAAGUAUCCUGUUAACAGUUGCUCUAGUUAAGGAUUAGCAUGUAACUUUCAUUAUAGAAUUACCUGUAAGAUACUGCAAUCUCUGGUGUGGGCGCAGACAGCCUACAAUGUUUAAAAAUUGCCUAAAGACUCUGUAAAGCACCUGCCGAGUGUGUCUGACAAAGAAAUGUUAUAUAUUUAGAAGUUUUUUUCGAGUGUCUGUGAGACCAAUGAGCUUGACGACCAAUUCAGUCUUUUAUUGCUGUGUUCAAUCCCAGUGGAGGAAACCAAAAAAAGAUGACGCAUGCAUAAUGGGGGGAUAAGAAUCGCUGUCCCUCGAUCUGGUGCUGAAACCAAACGCACGGGGCAAUGAAGAAGAGGCGUCAACACUAUGAAGAAUUAGGGAGGGGGUGGGAGGGCUUUUAAAGGAUAUGCUUGCAUUGCCUCCUGACUGUAAAACUACAUUCAUCUGAAGAUGGCAUUUGUAUUUAAGUGGUUACUGUCCUGUUUGUGUCUGUGUGUCCUAUAUAAGGCGCGGCAUUAAAAAUGUUUAGGUCAACUUUGUGAAGUUAGACACUAACACUGGAUAAAAUAAUAUUCAGCACUUGGAAAUGUUUUUGUGGGCUGUGAUGUUUGUAAAUAUUUGGAGUUAUAACUAUUUAGAGUUGUAACCAAGAGAAUAAAAGACACAGAAUUAAACGGUUUUCAAAUAACCUAGUUAUAAAACUA